UGCUUUUAUGGGUUUUCUGCACUAUAUUUUCGUGUGUCAACGCUUUGAAACUAGUUUCUAUCAGAUAAAGAGCUUUUUUAGACCAUCAUAAACUCUUUGUAGCUUCGGUUGAUGGGUGACCCAAAUGAAUCGUUUCUGAACACCGUAACAAUAGAUGCGAGGCUUCUUGUUUCAGGUGAGACCUUGGAUGACCUUCGGUUUGAGUGUGCAAAUGCAAGCGGCUACUGCGUGCAUGGUAAAUUGAGGUGCAAUGGCGUGGUGGACUGUCCCGACGGCUCCGAUGAGGCGAACUGCGACGGACUCCGCCAGAAAGAAGACGCGCGACCCUGGUUCGAAGCUUACAAAAAAGGAAGUCGGGAAGACUAUUCCGAUUUACAGGCGGCCGGAAUAACCGGACCCGAAAACGUCCGGAAUAACGGCCAACAAAUUGAAGACUUCAUUACUCAGUGCUCGUUCGAUUCUCUUGUUUGCGAUGUUGAAGACUUUUAUACGUGGCAAAAUGACGUGUACGGAAACUGUUUUACUUUCAAUCACAUCAAAAAACCCGCCAAAACCACAGUUCGCGAGGGUUCCCAAUAUGGUUUGAAACUCGCGCUUUUUGUCGACCAAGAUGACUACGUCGGGCUACUAUCACCGGCUUCUGGAGUUCGGGUCUCGAUCCACUCGCGAAACAUCAAACCGUUUCCCGAAGACGACGGACUCUCAGUAUCGCCAGGCACCGCAACAUCAAUUCGGAUCCACGAGAAGAAAUUCACUCGUCUCGGUUCUCCAUACGGUGACUGUACCGAGAACGUCUGGCCCGAGUCAGUAAAAAGCGAUUCGGCUUUGGAGUUCGAUUAUUCGACCAAGUCGUGUAAUAAAUACUGUUUCGCCGAGUACAUUUUCAACAAGUGUGGAUGUUUGAGUUCGUUGAUAUUGGCUAAAAAUAACACAAGAGAUGAAGAUUUUUGUACAAUUAUAAAUGUGACGCAGAAGAUUUGCCAAGAAGAGGCGUUAGUUGAUUACAGCACAGGUAAACUGCAGUGCAACUGUAAAGUACCAUGCGAAGAGUACAAGUAUCAGACGACUCUCUCUUCGGCUAAAUGGCCCGAGAUGUCUUAUUUGUGGCAUUUUGUGCGUAUGCUGUACCGCGAAACAGGUCGAAAGAUCAAAGAGUUCACUUCCGAUAUCCGAAACAACCUCGUGGAAUACAAGUUCUCGACAUACGCAGGCCUCCAAGGACUCAAAGAGGUUCGCGAGAACUUCGUCAAACUCGAGAUCUAUUUCGACGAUCUCUCGCUGGAGGAAAUUUACGAAGAAAAACAGCUGUCGAUUGAGACUUUUCUCAGCGGAAUUGGAGGUUGUUUGGGACUAUGGGUUGGUCUCAGUAUUAUUUCUCUAGUCGAGGCGUUUGAAGUUGCAUUUUACAUGGUCCACUGGUGGUGGAACAAAGUUUCUGUGAACGAUUCAAAAAAAUGCGAAUCAUCUUCGUACGCGAAUUCAAAAAACUACAACGCCGAGCUAAGCCCAAUGGGUAAUGUUUUGGGAUACGUUUCUAGGAACGAUUUGGGCACAAAUCCGAACAUCCCGCCGAAACAAAAGGGUUUCGCAAAUCUUGCGAGUAAUGACUUUGAGUCGGAUCGCUGCUCCCCUUUUUUGAAACCGACAAAUAACUGCGGGUUUAUUCAAGUUAAUAACUGCGAAAAUGAGAGUCCUUUUAAAGUACCGAGCAGAAAAUUCCGACCAAAAAACGAGACACAACCGCCUCCGAGCUGGCACGAAAGCGUGAACAUUCCGAAAUAUGAUUCGAAUUCUUGGAACCACAAAUUUUUAGGAAAUGCACCUCCAAAUUACAAUAAUAUAGUUGAUGGUGAUCAGUUAUUGGUUAAUAAUAACGCGCUUCAUGAAUCAUCCGCGCCCCAAGACCGAUCGACUGUUUCCGAGAGUUUAAGCGACGACCCUCAACGGUUCCUCAGGGUCGGAAAAACAUCAAACAAACUGUUCACUAAUUUCAUUUGAAUAUGUUUGAGUUUCCAUCUAGCUGUAUAUAUUCAUUUAUAUAGUUUAUA